UCCAGAGAGAGAAAGGAGGAAAGGAGGAGAGAGAGAGAGAGAGAGAGAGAGCGAGAGAGAGAGAGAGAGAGCAUAUGGCUUCUUCCAUGGCAAGCAGCAGCAGCAUUGGUUAUUAUUUCUACAAAAGACAAUAUCCCAAAUCAUUCUCCAAGAUUUCUUCUAAUUUUCAACCUCACAACAACGAUAAUCGCCAGAAUCGUCACGAACCCACCCCACCCUCACAGGGUCGCAGAGAGAUAAUCUUGAGGAGCAGUGAAGUUGCUGUUCUUGCUGCCAUUUUCCACUUCAGUGGAAGAAAACCAGAUUAUUUGGGUGUCCAGAAAAGCAACCCUCCAGGAUUGGCCCUCUGCCCAGCCACCAACAACUGUGUUUCCACCUCUGAGAACAUCACUGAUCUCGCCCACUAUGCUCCUCCAUGGAAUUAUAAUCCUGAAGAGGGCCGUGGAGCUAGUAAACCAGUCACCCAACAACAAGCCAUGGAAGAGUUGCUUCAAGUGAUAAGAUCGACGAAACCAGACAACUACACACCAAAAAUUACCGAGAAAAAAGACAAAUACGUUCGAGUGGAAUACGAGAGCCCAAUCUUAGGGUUUGUCGAUGACGUCGAGUUUUGGUUUCCCCCGGGCAAGAAAUCCACAGUGCAGUAUCGAUCAGCCUCGAGGAUAGGCAGUUUUGACUUCGACAUAAACAGAAAGAGGAUCAAGGCAUUGAGGGAGGCACUUGAGAAGAAGGGAUGGGCUUCAGAGAAUAGCUUUUGAUUCAAUUCAUUACUAUUGUUUCUAAAAUAUGUUAGAAAUUACCACUAUUUUGUAGUAGUAUGUUUUUUAUUUUUUAUUUUUAAGUUAAACAUAUUCUAGGAAGAAUCGAAAUUUUUUGUGUUAAUUUUUAGAUAAACAAAUUUAUAAUAUGUAACAGGAAUUGCUGUUAUCAUUAUUUUAUUUUAUUAAAAAAAAGAGGACAUUGUUAUCA